AUGGAUAAGUUGUGUCCAUACAGUCAGGCACUGAAAUUUGUGGGGGAAAACCAUUUUAAGUGUUGUCAAUCUGGGAAAGUUCGACUAGAACCUCUUUCACCCCAUCCUUUAGAACUUAGGGAAUUGUUAACUGGGGGUACUCCUGCUGCAAAACAUUUCCAAAAGGACAUAAGAAUUUACAAUAAUGCCUUUUCAUUUGGUUCAUUUGGUGCAGACUUAAGACCACCUCCGGGGAAUGGUCCACCAUGUUUUAGACUGUGUGGACAACUUUAUCAUCGGGUUGGCUGCUUGCAUCCAGCAGCUAAUGUACGUCUCUCUUACAGUCAGUUAUAUAUAAUAGAGGCGGGUGAAGCAUUUAAUGCGAGAAUGGAUAAUCCAGCAAAUGCUCAAUGUCGUCAAGAUGUAAUGCAUAUUCUUCAGCAGGUGAUGGACAGAGAGUCACCUUUCAUUGCUGCAUACAAAAAUAUGGCACAGGUAGAACAAGAGGAAAACACAAGGGCUAUACAAGAAAAUAGGACACCAUCUAUUGUGAAAAUGAUGAUGAAAGCUGGGCCAGAUAGACGGCGGUACAAUACUCCUUCUCAUGAAGAAGUGGCUGCUAUUUUCAUUGGGGAAGAUGGUGCUCCCCCUGCUCAAAGGGACAUAGUAAUCUAUCCAAGGGAUCAUGCAUUAGUCAAUAUAUCUACCAUGUCUGCUAACCUAGAUCCUAUGAUUUACCCAAUGUUUUUCCCUAGAGGAGAUGCAGGUUGGCAUAAUUCUAUUAACCAUGUUCUGGAACGACAAACUGCCACCCGGCAACGCGUUACAAGGUUGCAGUUUUGUGCAUAUCGUAUUGCAAUAAGACAAUGUUUUAGUUCUCUACACUAUGGCCGUAAACUUUUUCAGCAGUACAUAGUGGACUGUUAUUGUAGGGUUGAAGGAGAGCGACUUGAUUAUAUUCGUCGAAACCAAACACGGUUAAGGGCAGCCUCUUAUGUUGGUCUUAUGGACCAUUUACAUGCAGAAGCUGAGCAUCGCAACCUUCAGCCUGGUAGGAUGAUUAUUUUACCAUCAACUUUUUCUGGUUCCCUUAGGAAUAUGCAUCAGAAUUAUUUAGAUGCUAUGGCCAUUGUUCCUAAAUUUGGAAAACCAGACCUCUUUUUGACUUUUACAUGCAACCCCAAAUGGCCUGAAAUAACUGAAAACCUACUGCCUGGUCUUUAUGCAUGUGAUCGCCCUGACUUGGUCUCUAGGGUUUUUAAAUUAAAAUUAAAUCAGUUGGUUAAAGAUAUUUAUAAGAAUCAUGUUUUAGGACGUACAGUGGCAUAUGUUCAUGUAAUAGAAUUUCAAAAGCGAGGACUUCCUCACUGCCAUAUGCUUGUUAAUUUAUGUAAUGAGCAUAAAUUACGUACAGCUGAUGAUAUUGACAUUUCUAUUUGUGCUGAAAUACCAGAUCCAGCUGAUCAAAAUCUUUAUGAAAUUGUUAAGUCUACUAUGGUUCAUGGUCCAUGUGGGUAUCUUAAUCCUAACUCAUCUUGUAUGAAAGAGGGCAAUUGUUCUAAAAACUUUUCAAAAGAAUUUUCUAAUUCCACAAUUUUAAAUGCUAAUGGAUAUCCACUGUAUCGAAGAAGGAAUAAUGGUAGAACAUUUCAAAUUCGUAACAUGGAACUUGAUAAUAGGUGGAUUGUUCCAUACAAUCCUUACUUGACAGAAAAAUAUCACGCACAUAUUAACGUUGAGGCCUGUGUUUCUAUAAAAUCUGUUAAGUACCUCUAUAAGUAUAUUUAUAAAGGUCAUGACUGUGCAAAUAUACAAAUACAAGAGAAACUUGACCAUAAUGAAGUCAAAACAUUUUUAGAUGCUAGGUAUGUUUCAGCUCCCGAAGCUGCCUGGCGUCUAUUUUCUUUUGAGCUACAUAAGCAGUCACAUACUAUUUUUCGAUUAUCAAUGCACCUUCCUGAACAACAACAAGUGUAUUUUAGAGCUGGUAAUGAAGCAGCAGCACUUGAGAGGGCAGAUGAACAUGAUACCCACCUAACAGCUUGGUUUAAAUUAAAUCAGCGCAAUGUUGCUGCUCGGGAGCAUCUGUAUGCCAAUAUACCAUAUCAUUUUGUGUUUAAAGAACAUGCUUGGUGUACAAGGCAACGAGGUGGUGAAAAAAUUGUCACUAGAUUAUAUUGUGCCCAACCCAGUGAGGGUGAGAGAUUUUAUUUAAGAAUAUUACUUCUUCAUGUUCCAGGAGCUACCUCCUUUGAGUCAUUAAGAACAUUUAAUGGAGAGUUAUUCCCAACCUUUCGUGAAGCAUGUUUAGCUAGGGGACUUCUUCAAGAUAAUAAUGAAUGGAAUGCCCUCUUUUACAAAUUGCCACCAUAG